AAAAUAUUUCUUUUUAGCUUAUUCUUUCCAUCUUAGAAUGACUAUGAACCGAAAUGUUAAACUUGUUUUCUGGUCCACUAAACACAAAUACUACUUGAAUCAUAAAACGUUGUGACAACUGAGUAACUCCAUACACUUGAAGAAGGCCACGGGAUGUGGCUGAAAGCUUCUGAAACUGAAACUGGACCACGUGCUGUAAAGUUUUGUCAAAGAGAAGAAAAUAGAGCAAUAAAAACAAGAGUACUGCCAAAAACCGUUUCAAGAUAUUUUUCAUCAGUAAAAUAUCACAUUUUUUUCUCUAAAAUAACAUCGCAAUUACUACUCUGGGCAGAUCAAAUACAUCUCGAAAACAAAUGUCAAAUGUUUAGCGGGAAUAUUAACCUAUUGCGUCAACAGAAAGUACGGUUUUCUGUUCCGAGGGGGUUUUACGCGAAGCCGGAAGUGGGCAGGAGUGAAUCAUCUUAAUUUACGACGUAGACAGAAGCAAGUCGGCGCACCACACCCACUGAACAGAUCUUGCAUAUAUAUGAGAAACACGCUCAGAUAGGAUGUUCAUAAACCGUCACAGUCUCAUCAGAUAACUCAUCUCCUACGUAUCAUGUUUUUCAACCAGUCGUAAACCAAUACAGUAAUUAUUUAAACAUAAUUUUGUUAUUUAUAUUCAGGCUUCCAACGUGCUACCCUGAAGGGUCUUUCCCUUCGCAACGGUUACGACCCUGCGCCCAACGUGCACACUUCUAUAACUAAAAAAAAGUAUGUAAAAGUGACACAACUGAGUAUACAUGUGAUUAAUAAUGACACUUUGAAUGACGGUACAAACUUUUGGGAAAAUGCCUCACUCGAUUUGAUUUGCCUUGAUAUGCUGUUGAGCAGACUCGUGCAUAAUGAGCUCCGAGGUGUGCCCAUUCUGCGGGAAAACAUACAAAAGGUUGAAGACCCACCUGCCCCACUGCAAGGCAGCCGCAAAGUCCAAAACACCUCCAACCCAACAUGAUGUCACAGCGAAUCCAACUACAUCGUCUUCUCAGCUGGCCGCAGGCUUGUCGGAGAACAAGUCCACACAGACAAAAAAGAGUAAGAAGGUGCCUGAAGUGUCAUCAGGACCGCCACCGUCAUUAUCACCAGCGACUUCUUUGAAGAGUGCGAACACAUCGUCCGCGUCAGAGCCAGCAUCGUCAUCCUCGAGUUCUACAUCUCUUCCCCCGUCAACUAAGAAGAAGAAACAGAAGCUGUCUGAUCAAAUCAAAAUGGCCUCCUCUACCACCAUCUCCCUCAACUCCUCCCCGUCGCUAUCUCCGUCUCUGUCUCCUGCCCUUUCUAAGCCUAAAAAGAAGAGUCUCCGUACUUUGAUAGAAGCUGCAAAGUCCAACCAGGUUUCUAAGGGACCACUGGGGGGAACCAGCUCUUCCUCGCUAAGCCCGGUUACUAGUCCCCUAAGUUCAGGGACCAAGACUAAUCCAGACUCAUGUGCGCUUCUGUCCGCAGACGCCAAACCCAAACGUGCCUCUAAAAAGAAGGUGUCGCAAUCUCUCUCCAAAACCAAAAAUACCUCAGCCUCUGUGGACUCGAAAGUGAAGGAAAGUAGUGCAAGAGGCACAGCGAGAAACAACUUCUGGGAGGACAGCGAGGGGGAAAGAGAGGAUUUAUCUGGGAAUGAGAUGCUCUGGAAAUCAGAAAGAAGUAGUCGUCAGGCCAGAAUUACCCUCCAGGAUGUUAAGACCGCAUUAGGCCGAGCUAAAAACAACGGUGAGUCCAGCAGGAUGGGCAUCCUGGGCCAGAUUGAAAGCAGUCUCAGUCCAGUUCCAGCAGGGAACCAAAAAGAAGACGUUAGCUGCUCGCUAACAGCUAAACCUCCAUCAAACCAGCUGCCCAGUACCAGUUUACAACAUAAGGAGCUAACACCAGCUAAGAGAAAAAAGUCCAAACAAGCAUCUCAUCUAAUCCCGCUGCAAGACGACAGUUCCCUUCAGUCCAAACUAUCCUCUCCUGCAACUCCGCUUCUCUCUGACCAUCUAUCGUCCCAGGUGAGCCAAGCCACGCCCCUUCCACUUACAUUCACCAUGAACGGGGGGCUGAAGUCGGGCCAUCACAUGACGUCACUCACACACCUUUCUAGCCCUCAUCGUUUCCCUCUCGCUACGCAAACUCUGCCUGUCAGGGUGGAGACGAUGGAGACACUGCGGCUCGAGGCCCGGAGAGAAAACACUGCCGGUGAUGGAGCUAAAGGUGCUCUGAACCAGCGGAGUCUUGGGCAGGUGAGACUGAGGGAGCUGCCAGAGUGGCUGGCCUGCAAAUCCCCCAGUCAUCCUAGAGAUGUAGUGGAAAUGAUGCAAAGAGGCUGGCAGUGGUAUUACAGGAGGUAUAUUGAUGUGAAGAGAGGCAGUGUUGGUGGACUGGGCAUGCUGUUAGCAGGAUACUGUGUGCUCAGCUACAUCUGGAGUUACCCUCAUAUAAAGCGUGAUCGCUGGAGGAAGUACCACUAAGGUCAAUGGAUGAUGUUUGGACAAGCGUGACUGUGGAGGAGGAAACAGCAGCUGUGGCAAGAGGGAAGCUUCAGGACUUUUAGGCGUCUAACCUGACAUUAAUAUAUAAUUAAUCCAAACAUUUCCUCUGGAUUUGUAUCUAACAAAUUGUUUGUUUCAGUUGAACAGCUGGAACUGUUGCAAUUCUGAUGUUUCAUUCUCAACUGAUUUGCAUCUGCAUGGCACGUCUAAAAGGAAAGCCUGUGGGCACUGUAGCUUUUAAAAGGUUUAAUUUCAGAUUAUUUAUUUACUUAUUUGUGUUUAUUUUAUUAACUUUGUGUUUUACUUUACAGAUUCAGUGUUUUUUGUGAAUAAUCUCUACUUUGGAAUCAGUUAAAGAAUCCAAAACGGUUUUGGUUUAUGAUGAGAGGAGUCAUUUGGACGUCAGUGGCCAUGUUACACUCCCGAUGUGUGUCCCAGGAGCUCCACUAGGUGUCAUUGUUGGGUUGUGUGUUAACAAACCCAAAAAACGGUUGUGCAGUCUAACGUUUGCUAUGCAGAGUUUUCUUAGCUCCUUUGUGUGUGUGUGUGUGUGUGUGUGUGUGUGUGUGUGUGUGUGUGUGUGAGAGGCGUUGGUGCUGGGGUCCGUGAGAGGAUUAAAGGGAACUAACAGAUUUUUAACUUGAUAAAAAUCCUUCCCUGGAAGCCCAGAUGUAGAGAAACAUGAAAUCAUUGAAAUGUCCUGAGAUCAGUAUCUGUGUAAAGAUCAUAUCUGUGAAGCAGAGGGUUACAAAUCUGUUUUUCUUUUGCAAAUGCUUCCCCCCCUGUCACAUGAUGUUAUUAUGCAUGCUUAGUUCAUCAGUGCCAGUAUGAACACUCACAGAAUAGUAAUGGAGGGAAGCUGAAGGAGGUUCUCAGCCAGACCGGACCAGUUUGUUAUUGUAUUCAAAAUGAAUUUAUUGUUGACUCUCCUUGCUGCUGUAGUGAACACACAUUAGCUACAAAUGAAGAAAAUGACGGUAUUUUUUUUGUGACGAUUUUUUUUUUCCUGGCGCCUCUUCUUUAGCCAACACAAUA